GGUAGGUAAGGAUUUGUUUUCCUCUCUGAAGAAACGGUCCAGUCGUCUUAGGCACACCAGAAACCGUGGAUCGUGGUUUCGAAUCCUGGUUCAACCCCAUUGUAUACAUGUUUGUCAGCACCAUACCCAUCUUGUCCGUUUCGGGCUUUCCUGUUACAUUAAAGUGUCAUCCCGUGAUAUUAGUGGAAUACGGUUCACUCGCUAUUUCAUGCAGUGUAAUUUAUUAUUAAAAGGGGUCAAGGGCGUGCUUCUCUGAUUUCACAUUACAUAUCAUACAUCACCAAAGUCAGCCUUUGUGUGAAGAUCAUUGUGUUCACCCUGGAUAUCCAGCCUAGGUUUUUUUUAAAGUUUGACCUCUGUUGCUGCUCGGUGAAUAUUACCUCUGCUACUGUAUUUUACUGUGCAAUUGAAUAUCGUUCUGCCAUUAAAUUGAGUUCUGACAUUGUUAUUACCGUUCAGUAAUUCUCAAAGUAAACAAAAAGCGUCUCAUGUCUAAGAUGUUAAAAUGAUCGAGAAAUAUCAACACAGAGGCAUGAUAACAUUAUCCAUGAAUUGCCCAGGGAGAAAAUUUACUGGAAAUGGCUGGAUGGGAUUGGUUUCUGACGUCAAUGUUGGUGUGAAAAACAUAGCCGUUUUGUAUAAAAGACUUAGAAUUGUCUCCAUACCAGCAUUCGUGAGAUCAUUUAACAUUCGCUGCUUGACAACUGAAUCCGUAACAAGGAAGGAUGGCAUAUUCCUACCUGACUUCCGGCACCGCUUCUUCCACCUUCACAUCAUCAACGCUUGGAGGAGACACGUUCAGAAUUGCUGUCAUGGGAGCAGCCGCUGUAGGUAAGACAACUAUCAUCAGCCGGUUUGUGCACGGCACGUUUCCUCGACUUUACUGGCCAACAGUGCAGGAACGCUACACCAAAGACAUUGAUGUGAAUGGAAACUCCGUUGUUCUGGACAUCUUUGACACCCCUGGGGGUUAUUGCUUCUCUUAUUUGAGAGAAUUAGCCAUCGCCAAUGCUGAUGCGUUUGUGCUAGUGUACUCUGUCGCAGAUGAGGCAUCCCUUGAGACGGUGGCUAAUCUCAGAGACAUGAUUGUCCGACGGAAUCCGGCUGGUGUUCCCAUCAUUGUUGUUGGCAACAAGACAGACCUGAUACCCGCAACUCCUCGUUUUAUGUCAAGUGAGAAAACUGAAUACAUGGUGAAUGUAGGCUGGCAGCAUACCUACAAGGAAGUGUCAGUCAAGGACAGUUCCAACGUUUCAGACAUUUUCAGAGAGAUUGCCAUUCAAACCCAAUCUUUUCUGUUCCCUAAAAGAAAUCGUAUCAACAUCUUCCAAAGAAUCAAACGUCGUUUGAAGAGGAGCAAGUCGGGGAAAAAAUGAUUAACUAGUGCUUAAAAGUGUAAUAUAUAUGUACUAUGUGCAAUGUAUAGACAAAUAUGACAAAUGCGUCAGUAUGACACUGACGUUUUACCAAUGGAUGAGUCUGAUGUAAGGCAGCUUUGUUGAAUAGUGAAUAGUGG